GAAGAAGAAGUAGUGUCUGUUCGCAGAUGAACCUUUGCGAGGACAGAACUGUUGUUAAUUAAUUGUUCCUUGUAUUUAUGUAUUUACAUCGGAAGCCUGUCAUUGUCAGUUUCAAACACAAACGUCCGAAAUUAUGACAAACUGAGGAAAUCGUCUUUCGAUUUAACAUCACGAAAUUCCUGCGGGAAGAUCAACUAUGGUUCUACUACAAAUAAAACCAAGAAAAAAGAAAGAAAUCGUUAAACCAUGUGAAUAUGAUGAUGGUGCUUGGUCAGGUUAUAUUUUCAGGAAAAAAAAAAACACUGAUCUGAUCACAAUUAAAUGAAUGGCUUAGAGUGGCUGAAGUCUGAAAUGACUGAAAAUGGACAGCACAAAUGGCUGCACAGAUACUUUUUACAACCUAAACGUGAUGGCUAGGCUUUCCUUGAGAACUAGGUGUCCCAGUCCUGACAUCAAAAUUGAUCAAUAAAAGUGCGUGAAGAGAAUGCUUAACAUUUCAAGCCAGAUGUCAGCUCAGAUGCAACUUUCCCUUCUAAAUAAAGAAGGUUUGGAUCUUCACACUGGACUGACUUCUGCAUAUUCUUCAAAACCUACAAAUGGUCAGUGGAUAGAGAAAAAACAAGAAUUUGAGAAGGAACAAGAAGCCAGUGUUACAACACAAAGUGAGGACAAGGAUGUAAAUGUGAAGGUGUUGCAAAAUAAGAAUCGUAAUGGAACCAAAAGAGUUUAUGAAUGCCCUGUGUGCCUUAAACGAUUUGGUGCUCCAUCCAAACUAAAAAGGCAUUGCCUUAUUCACACGGAUCAGAGGCCAUUUCAGUGUUCCAUAUGCUUUCGUGCCUUCAGAGAACGCUCUCAUCUGAAAGUACACUUCAGAACUCACACCAACCCUUCAUCACCAGAUGCUGUCACAAUUGCCGGAAAAGGGAUCUUUCCAGUAUCCAAGUCCUCUGAUCGCAUGUGUAUGCUUGAACUCAAAAAGAAAAGUGGAUAUCAGUGUGAGAUAUGCUUGAAGAAAUUCAGUUUCCCCUCAAAACUAACUCGACAUCUGUUCGUUCAUUUUGACGGCAAGCCUUACACUUGCACAAUCUGCAGAAAGUCAUUCAAGCAGGCCUAUUAUCUCCAUAAACACCUCAAGGUACACGCAGGAAAAAGAAACGGCAAUUCUAUGUUGUGUAGCGUCCAGCAGAAGCAUGGGGCCAAAUCUCCAAAACCUGGAGCUUUAGAAUGUACAAAUAACUGCAGACCAGAUGGUGGUAAUGUGUGUUUACCUCAGAUAUUAGACUCUUUAGAGACCAAAAAGCAUGAAAAACCUGAAUGCCGAAGCAAGCUUAACCAAAACGUCCAGUUGAUAGAGUCAAAUUCAAGUACUGUAGAGAUUAAAAGCUCUGACACUUUGAAAAAUGCUGAAGUGCAGAUCACAGCCUCCAGCCCAAUUUACCUUAAGCACACACAUAAAGGUGUAAAUCAGUGCAGCAUCUGCCUGAAGAACUUUCCAUAUCCUUCUAAGCUUGCCAGACAUAUUUUGAGCCACACCGAUAUCAGACCAUUUAAGUGCCAUGUGUGCUUGAAAUCAUUUCAAUUUCGGUGGCAUUUGCAAUGCCAUGUGAGGAUACACAAAAAAAAGGGUCCGAAUAUAAUUGCUGAUCAUUUGGAACAGGAUCAUACAGUUUCUUUUAGUAAUGCUGCAAAAUCUGAGGAACAAGAUGUGCAAAUAUCCUCCCAAGAUGGAGCUGAAGAUUCUGCUACAGUGCACCAAGAUAAAAAUAUGGUUAAAGAGAAUAUGAUGAAUCAAAAAAUGAGUGGUGAUUGCACUGAUUCAGGUGUAUAUUUGCAAGUUUCCCUACUAAAUGUAGGAAGAUUGGAUCUUCCUACUGAACAGAGUUCUGCAUAUUCUCCCAAACCUUCAGAGGACCAUUGGAUGGAGGAAAACCAAGAAUCUGCAAAGGAAAAAGAAGGCAGUGUUACAACACAAAGUGAGGACAAGGAUGUAAAUGUGAAGGUGUUGCAAAGUAAGAAUUCUAAUGGAAACAAAAGAGUUUAUGAUUGCCCCGUGUGCCAUAAACGAUUUGGUGCUCCAUCCAAACUAAAAAGGCAUCGUCUUAUUCACACGAAUCAGAGGCCAUUUCAGUGUUCCAUAUGCUGCCGUGCCUUCAGAGAACGCUCUCAUCUGAAAGUACACAUCAGAACUCACACUAACCCUGAGAAGAGGACACGAUCACUCCACAGCUACAAGGACAACAGUGUGCCCUGUAAUCGAACAUCAAAGUCAAAGUUAAAACCUUUUCCAAAAAAUCGAACUGCCCAAAAUGAUACCUGUUCAACAAAUAAACAAAAGACAGCCGCAACAGACUUAAUCGAAACUAAUGCAGGUACCAUGGGUGUCAAAGUUACAAAAGGACAUUGGUGCCCUUUAUGUUUAAAAUGCUUUAAAGCCCCAUCAAAGCUCAAACGUCACAUUCUGAUUCAUACGGGGCAAAGACCUUUUAAAUGCUCUGUGUGCCCCAAAACUUUCAGAGAGAAAUCACACUUGAAAGUUCACAAGUGUAUGGAAGACUUUAGACUGAAAUUCAACUCCAUUUUGAGUGAUCAACAAGUAAAACAGAACACGGUCAAGCAUAAUGCUAACGAAGGUGUUGUGUCUACCGCAACUGAUGACUCAAAUAAUAUCCAAGGUAGGUGUUCAUCACCAGAUGCUGUCGCAAUUGCCGAAAAAAGGAUCUUUCCAUUAUCCAAGUCUUCUGAUCGCAUGGGUAUGCUUGAACUCAAAAAGAAAAGUGGAUAUCAGUGUGAAAUAUGUUUGAAAAAAUUCAGUUUCCCCUCAAAACUAACUCGACAUAUGUUCGUUCAUUUUGACGGCAAGCCUUACACUUGCACAAUCUGCAGAAAGUCAUUCAAGCAGGCCUAUUAUCUCCAUAAACACCUCAAGGUACACGCAGGAAAAAUAAAUGGAAAUUCUAUGUUGUGUAGCAUCCAGCAGAAGCAUGGGGCCAAAUCUCCAAAACCUGGAGCUUUAGAAUGUACAAAUAACUGCAGACCAGAUGGUGGUAAUGUGUGUUUACCUCAGAUAUUAGACUCUUUAGAGACCAAAAAGCAUGAAAAACCUGAAUGCCGAAGCAAGCUUAACCAAAAUGUCACAUUGACUGAGUCAAAUUCAAGUACUGUAGAGAUUAAAAGCUCUGACACUUUGAAAAAUACUGAAGUUCAGAUCACAACGUCCAGCCCAAUUUACCUUAAGCACACACAUAAAGGUGUAAAUCAGUGCAGCAUCUGCCUGAAGAACUUUCCAUAUCCUUCUAAGCUCGCCAGACAUAUUUUGAGCCACACCGAUAUCAGACCAUUUAAGUGCCAUGUGUGCUUGAAAUCAUUUAGAUAUCGGUGGCAUUUGCAAUGCCAUGUGAGGAUCCACAAAAAAGAGAGUCAGAAUGUAAUUGCUGGUCAUUUGGGAGAGGUUUGUACAGUUUCUUUUAGUAAUGCUGCAAAAUCUGAAGAACAAGAUGUGCAAAUAUCCUUACAAGAUAGAGCUGAAGACCCUGCUAAAGUUCAUAAAGACCAAAAUGUGGUUAUGGAGUCUCAAAAAAUUAGUGGUGACUGCAGUGAUUCAGGUGUAUAUUUGCAAGAUUACCUUCCAAAUAAAGAAGGUUUGGAUCUUCACACUGGACAGAGUUCUGCAUAUUCUUCCAAACCUUCAGAGGGCCAGUGGAUGGAGGAAGUCCAAGAAUCUGAGGAGGAACAAGAAGCCAGUGUUACAACACAAAGUGAGGACAAUGAUGUAAAUGCUAAGGUGUGGCAAAGUAAGAAUUUUAAUGGAAGCAAAAGACUUCAUGAUUGCCCUGUGUGCCAUAAACGAUUUGGUGCUCCAUCCAAACUAAAAAGGCAUUGUCUUAUUCACACGAAUCAGAGGCCAUUUCAGUGUUCCAUAUGCUGCCGUGCCUUCAGAGAACGCUCUCAUCUGAAAGUACACAUCAGAACUCACACCAACCCUGUUAAGAGGAGGACACGAUCACUCCACGGCUACAAGGACAACAGUGUGCCCUGUAAUCGAACAUCAAAGUCAAAGUUAAAACCUUUUCCAAAACAACCAACUGCCCAAGACGUUAACAAAUCAACAGAUAAAGAAAAGUUAACAGUGCACCAAGACAAAAAUAUGGUUACAGAGAAUAUGGCAUCUCAAAAAUAAGUGGUGACUGCAAUGAUUCAGGUGUAUAUUUGCAAGACUUCCUUCUAAAUGCAAGAGGUUGGGAUGUUCACACUGGACGGAGUUCUGCAUAUUCUUCCAACCGUUCAGAGGACCAGUGGAUGGAGGAAAUCCAAGAAACCGAUGAGGAACAAGAACCCAGCAUCACAACACAAAAUGUGGUCAAGAAUGUAAAUGC